UUGGAAGGGCAAAACCGUAAAUAUGGCAGCUUAUGGUCAACAUGACUUUUAUUGCCCAAUGAAGCGAUUUUGUUUGGCUGGUAAAGUGCGAAUCCAAACUGGGGAAGGGAGGGAAAGUCCAACGGCUUUUCCAUCCCUUUUCUGUGUCUCCGGCAACCACGAGACGAGAAAGAUGACGUUUGUAACUUCGGUUCAUGCAGGGCAGAUAUGAAAAAGCUGAACAAACGGAAUUGAAACUUGCGAUGAAUCAGCUUGAUGUUGCAUGUGAAAUGCCGUUGUGUCGCGUGUCCUGUCUCCCUUUCAUUUGGAAUAUAGGAUUUUAAACGUCGAUCGAAUGCCCACGAGGAGAGAGUUUUUGUUGCAAUCAGAAUCAGGCCAUUGAACGAGAAUGAAAUAGCCAGGCAAGAUGUAUCAGCAUGGGACUGCAUUGAUGGCAACACCAUUAGAUUUAAAAACAGCCCAGCAGAACGAUCUUCGUCAAUGGAUACCUAUACAUUUGACAAGGUAUUUGAGGAUGACUGCUCCACACAGCAGGUGUAUGAGGAAGGGAUUAAGGAAAUUGCCCUCUCAGUAGUUAGUGGUAUCAAUUCUAGCAUUUUUGCAUACGGGCAAACAAGCAGUGGAAAUACGUACACCAUGACUGGAAUUACUGAAUAUGCAGUGAGGGAUAUAUACGACUACACAAAGAUGCACAAAGAAAGAGAAUUUGUCCUGAAAUUUUCUGCGAUGGAGAUCUACAAUGAAGCUGUCAGGGACCUUCUCAGUGUAGAUAGUGCUCCACUUAGACUUCUAGAUGAUUCAGAGAAAGGAACAAUUGUUGAGAAGCUUACAGAGGAGACUUUGACCGAGUGGAGUGACUUGCAGAAACUCCUUUUUAUUGGGGCCGCUGAAAGGACAACAGAAGAGACAUCCAUGAACGAAAGUAGCUCAAGAUCUCAUCAGAUUAUUCGAUUGGCCGUCGAAAGUUCUCCUGGUCGUUAUGCUGGCGCUGGAAGUUCUGGCACUCUUGUAGCUAGUGUGAAUUUUGUCGAUCUUGCUGGAAAUGAGCGAGCUUCUCAAGCGUUGACUGCUGGUGCUAGAUUGAGAGAAGGUGGCCACAUAAGUCGCAGUUUACUUACCCUCGGGACCGUAAUUCGCAAAUUAAGCAAGGAAAGAAAUGGACACAUACAUUACAGAGAAUGGAAGCUAACUCGCAUCCUUCAUAACUCUCUUGGAGGUCAUGCCAGAACAGCCAUCAUUUGCACCUUUAAUCCUGCACGCAGUCAUGUUGAGCAAUCAAGAAAUGCCCUACUUUUCGCUGGUUGUGCAAAGCAAGUGGCUACCAAUGCGCAGGUUAAUGUAGUAGUGACAGACAAGGUUUUGGUACAGCAACUGCGGAAGGUGUUGGCCGGAAUGGAGAGCAAGCUCAGAAACUUGGCACCCAAUACUUUUUUACUUGAGCGAGAACUUCUGAUCAAACAGAUGCAUGAAGAGAUCAAAGAAUUAACACGGCAGCGUGAUAUCUUUCAAUCUCGUGUUGAAACCUUGCUUCAGUCAGGAAGGAAAAAUCAGUUUCUAAGAAACGAUAAAGAUUCAAACCCUAUGUCGCCUGGUGUUUUCAGUAAUCUCCAUCCUGAUCAGGACUUCAACUCCGGAAGCCCGUCUGAAAAUUCCGAUAGACCGAUAUCUGGUAUGGUUUUAAACAAUGAGGACCAUGUACGGCAACGUGAGAAUCAUGAACCCAUAGUUCAUUUGGACGGCAAUACCCCUAAAGCGAGAAUUGUAACUCAGCAACCUGAUUGGGAUCCAGGUUGGGAUGUAGGAGCUGGCCGAGCUAGCACGGAAUCAGCAGAUAGCUGCACCGAAGUUCGAUGCAUUGAAAUUGAAGAAGUGGAAACCUGUCGCCAAACAGAUGUUAGUUCCUUUCCUUCUUCUGAAGGAAGACAAGGAAAAUCACCUAUGAGACCGGUAUUGAAUGGAGGCGCUGAAUCGUCCAUAAGGAGGAAGGAUGGUAAGCUCGACCAUGUUGCCGAAGAUGAUAGCCCUGAUGCUCUAAAACAAAAAAAUCAGGAGCUUCAGAGGACCAUCGACCGCCUUAUUGGCCUCUCAGAAAAAUCCAAAGGGUCUGCAGAAUCACCCCUUGCUAUUUCUAGAAGCGUACCAUUCAGUAGAAGCAAAAGUUGCAGGCCAACUUUGGCUGCUACAUCUUCUCAGUUCAAUAAAGGGGAUCGAUCAGGAAAGUAUAUCGCGUGCUCAAUUCAAUGAGUUGGAACGCAAAGUGUCUCCUCCGUUCGACAAUCUGGAGCUGAAAACGGUGACACCUUUUCAGUUCAUUAAACUGGAUCAGAAAUCUGAGCCACCUAAAUUUUAUGAGCCAAACGUGUUAUCUUCAAAAUUGGAUACGCUGGAAAAAGAAACAAAUGCCUCAGCAGUUAGGGUUGAAAAGGAAUGCCCUACAACUUCUGCACGCUUUGAAGACAAGCUCUCUGAACCGAAGUUACCAAGAAAAGAAAGUCGUCCAGAAAGCAUUCCCGAAUUAGCGAGAUGGAUACUUUUGUUGAAGAAGAAUCUGUUAUGGAUUCUGAUGCGGAAGAUACUGCUAGCGUCCUCAAUUUUGUUGUGGCAAUGAAAACAAGAUCUAAGGAAACACAUUGAAGAUGGACUUCGAUGAUCUUAUGGGAGAACUUCCAGAUUCUGUAUACUUGAACGCAGAGCUCAGACGUUUGUCCUUUAUUAAGGAUGCAUUUUCCAGCCGCAACAAGUUCUUGGGAGAAGACGGCCGAACACCUGAUUCAAGGUAUUAUCUUUCUAUCCUUUGCGUGGUCUUUCCUUAGAUUCGUGCACACAAACAAGAUCAGUCUUAUCGUGACCGGUCAGUAUGCCCUGGACUUUCUUUUCUUUUGUUUUUUUUUUUGGUUUACAUAUAUUACAUUAAAACCCUUUACAUUUUAAGGUCAAACUCUGAAUUGCUUAAAUAGUUCAUUAGAAGCUGAUGUUUCUUCCGAGCAAAUAGACUAAUCUGCUAAGGUUGGAAACUAGACGAAUAAAAAGAAUUAGGAGAAUUAUAAUUAGGACCCACUCAAGGAAAAUAAUUACUACAGGAUUAAUUAAUAACUAAAUUCAACUAUAUUAACAACCGGUUGUGUUGUCAAUACAGUUUAGUUUAAUUGUUAAUAGACCUUGUAGUAAUUAAUUUUUUUAUGUGAAACUUCAAUGUAAUUUUCUAAAAGAAUUUGGAUCCAACAAGUGGUUUAAGUCUAUUCACUUAACGAAUAUUUCACGUGGCAUGAUAACAAAUAUUCAAUUUAAUUAAAUGGCUGUAAAAGAUUUUGUUAUAUAAUACUCAAAAAAUAUCAAGUCUUAAAAUUUUUAAAGAGAACAACAUGUGAAAGGUACUCUAAUCGUGAUGAUUAUUCUAAAUUUAUUAAGGGAGAUGUAUCUUGAUAAUUUUCAAAUAUUAAUAAAAUUCAAUGGUUUUAAUUUUAACACUCAUUGGAUUUAAAUUACUUAUCAAAUUCAAAUUAGAAUAAAAAUGGCCGGUUGUUUUGAUAUGCCUAGUUGGCCCUAGACAGGGCGUGCCGUAGGGGUAAGAACAAUUAUGGUUGAGAUAAUUUAUGUAGCCCUAAAAUACAAUGUCUUGCUUGUCCGAGCCUCUAAAAAAAGAAGUGCUUGAAUAGAAAUUUUUGCUAGAAAGAUUAGAAGAUUUCAUGUAAGAAUACACGUCAUGAUAUUGUUUAGCCAAACUGAGCAUCAUCGCUUAUUAGGCAUUUCAAAUGUGAAAAUAUGAGGAGCACUGCCUUGUGGUAGUUUAGUAUUACAUGCCUGAAAAAAAGUUAAAUCGGAUUUAAUUUCUAUAUUUAAAAGUUACUACUGUUUUCUUGCACUAAUUUUCUCUUUUCCUGGAUAGCGUGAAGGCUAUCAAUAGAGAGAGGAAAAUGUUAAGCAAGUCCACAAGAAGUUCACCUCUAAGGAAAGAGAUGAACUUUAUCAGAAGUGGUGUAUGGACUAAUAAUACAGAAGACUUGUACCAUGUUAAGGAAAGUGCUAUGCUUGUUGCAAAACUGGUUGGUUUGAUACAAUCAAACAAGCCUCCAAAGAAAACUUUUGAGGUAUGUUUGGUUCAAGAAAAGGAGAGGGGAAGUGAGGGGAGAGGAGGGAAGGGAGGGGGAGGGGAGGGGAGCUUCCCCCCAAUUUAGAGGGGAGGCUUUGGAGUGGAGGGGAGGGGUUCCCCUCCUCCUAACCAAAGGAGGGGAGGGGAGGGAAGCUUUCCCUCCCUUCCCCUCCAACAAAGAAAUCUCAAAAUUGGAAGGAUGCAAGGUCUCUCACUCUUUGAAUCCCUUUUGGAGAGAGACAAAUCAACAAUUAGUUGAUUACGCUUGCGCAGCAGAAGCUGAUAAUGAUUUAUUUAGCCAAUGCAGUUCCCAUUUAGAUUUUGUUAACGCUUCGGGAAAAAAAAAUGUAAAUAAUAAUGUGAUGCUUCCUGCUUCCAAUCUUCCAUCUUUCCUGCACAAGAUAUUUUAUGAUCCCUAUUCAACCUAUUGUAUGGAUCCAUUGCCUACGAGUAAACUAAGAGAUGACUUCAAACAGUUGCUUUUUACACUCGGCUGAGAAACAUAGCGCCACCUGUAACAUCCUGAUUUUUUUAUAUAAUAAAGAAAUUGUGGAAUUUAGGUUUUGAGAAAAAAAAAUAAUAAUAGGAAUUUAUAUUAUUUGAGGUUAUUUAGAAAUAAUAUUAUGGUUAGGUAUUUAAUUAUGAAUUUAAAAAUUUAAAUUUAAAACUACAUAAACAAUAUUUAGUUAAGAUAUAAUACAUAAAUAAUUUUUUUAUGUAUGUGUUAAAAAAAAAGAGAAGGUAGAAGGAAAAAAAAAAAGGGGGUGGAAGGUUGUUGUUUCUAAGUCCCACAUUGGUUAGAUGAGGAAGAGAAGAGGUGCCUUCAUGUAUAAAAAGGAGGGGGUGUGUGCAUUAGGAAGCAUGAAAGGCUAAGAUGCAAUUUAAAAAAAAUUGCAACUUUUGGCCCAAAGGUUUGAAUAAUUAAAUUCAAACCUAUAGUUUUUUUUUAAUAUAAUUUUGGGACUCACAAUCCCAUUUUUAUAUUAUUUUUCUCUCUUCCUCUCACUUUGCUCGGCGUUUUCUCGCAAGGGGGGAUUAUUUUCUUUUUCUUCAGGUAUGUUCUAACUUUCCUGUUUAUAUUAGCAUUUAAAAAUUUAUUUAAUUACAAAAUUAAUUUUGUAGUUAUUUUCUAAAUAAUAUUAGCUUUCUAGUGAUAUGAUUAUUUUGUAGGAUAGAGUAAAUAUUUUGAUUAGGAUUUUUCUAUAGGAUAGUUAAUCUGAUGAUAUGAUGGAUUAAAAAUAUAGGUUAAAAUUCUUAGGGAUAUAAAAAAAUAUUAUAGAAUAUUUUCUUAAGGUUGAAACUCAUGUUUAAGAAUUUUUGAGUUAAAAUCUAGAUCUAUAUGGUUGAAUUUAUGUGGAAUCUGAGACGUAGGGAUAAACCUAUGAUUAUUAAAUAUUUAUUUAAGUAUGAAUAGGUAUUUUUGAGGUUAUAGAAAGGGAUUUGAGGCUUCAGGAUAAUUUUAAAAUUUUUAAUUUAUUUUUGGAUGAAUUUUUAGAAUAUAGAAGGAUGAAAUUGUGAUACUAGAAGUGAAUUGAGGAUAAAAAAAAUAGUUCAUUAGGGUACGAGAAUUUUAGAAAAGAAUUUGGGAAGUUAAAUGAGGCAUAAAUCUUAAAUUAGUGUUAAUAUGGACUAUAGAUCUAAGACUUUCUAACUCUUUAAAUUAGAGUUAUUUAUUUUAAUGUAAAAUUAAUAUAUAGUAUUGUGAAAUAAUUAUGUAGAUUAUAUUGACAAAGAUAGUGGUGAAAAAGGAGUUGUGAAAGGGAACUUGUUAUUCAAGACACAAGGAGCGAGUCCGGCCGAGAAAGCACCAGAGGUGUAACUAUGGUGUAUGAAACACCAUCUUUUACGUUGCCUCUUAUUUUGGAUUAUACAAUGUAUCUUGUGCCAACUUAGGACAUAUCUUCUUUGUGAAGCAUACUCACCAACCCAACAUCGUCAUCGUCCAUUAGCACUCCUCGUCCAGGUCAUCUUUGUCGUCGAGUCCUCAACACUUGGAGCUCUUGUCCCCUCAUCCUCUAUCAAUCUAAUUAUUGCAAUAGAGCUCUUGAUGCCAGAAUUGAAAGGAAAAUUGACAAACUUAAGAUCUAGUUCAAAUACACAACAGGUUUGAAGAUGCGAUAGGUGUGCAUCUUCGCUGAUGGCUUCAAGAUCUACUUCAUUGCCUCCCUCCUGUAAGUUCAAAGAUGCAACUGGGUCUUGGUUCAAUUGGUAUUCAAUGGGAUCAUGGGGUGCAAUGU